AGCAAAUUCUACUCAUCAAGCAAAAAACAUUCCACACUCAAGACUAAAUUCAAUACCAAAUUUUAUUAUUCGGCUGAGAUUUUUAAGAAGGUUUUUUGGGUGACUGCCGAAUUGCAUUGAGAACAGACCAAAAGCGAUCUGGGAUAGCCUAAAAAGCCAACGACAAAGUGUAAUGAACGAUCCGAAGGUCAACGGUGCGUAUACUUCAUUAGCGAUUAGCGAAGGGCGGCGAUGAAAAAAUGGGCAAGAAACGGAGCGAAAGGAGACCGCAAAUGACCCGUGGUAGGGGGCGGGGAAGGUGGAAGCCCCGUGGAGGUCCCGUGGCUAAUCGACUCGGCCAUAUGUUAGCGCGGAUUACGGGUCGCUAACUGGUUUAUGAUAUUUAUUGCCAUGCAUCCCCAUUUGCAAUUUGCAUGCCCCGCCCUUACAACGCCGCCCUCACCCCCUUCCCUUCAACAUUGAGUUUGUCCCGCAGGAAGCUUUUCAUUUCCGCCGCUGUCUGAAUUUUUAAAAUCUAUGGGUGUCCAAUGCAAAGCAGAAGGAAUUUCCAUUAAAAUCAUGCAAUAGGUGCAAAUUACAAGACAAAAAGGUGAGCGACCAGAGAGAAGCAAAAUGAAGAAAUUACGCAAAAAAGAAACGGAAGUGCAGCUAAAUAAAAUGCUGAAAGUGGUUGUGCACACAGGAAAUAGAAUUCUGCGGACGAUGUUGUAAUUGCUUAUAUUUAUUUUUGACAUUCAGAACUAUAGUGAAUCGUGGUUAAGACAAGAACACAAUUUAACAUUUAUUUGAAUUGGCGCCUUGCGGAGGCGCCAUCUAUAUGAAAAGCCUAAAAGUAUGCCAUGCACCCGAUAUCAAGGCGCCAGCUGGUGUCAUAAAGUGGAAACUAAAUUUUCUCAUAACUGCGCUACGAGUGUUUUCACACUAUGUCCUAACGCCUUUUGCCAGCAGCUGGAGUCAAAAGUGCAAAAAAAUCAAAGCGAGAAGAAAAUAUUAGAGAUUGCGUACAUAAAAGCUAAGUGAACUAAUGUUCUUCAGUGCGUGGAAAGCAACAAUUAAUAUAUCCGUUGUAGGUGUCACAAAAAAGUAGAGAACUGUAAAAAGCAUUGAUGCUCCAACCAGAAUAUGGCAAAUACCGAUGCAAGUGUGUUUAUGUGAAAAAGAAGGAGGGAUGAAGAAGGCGAGAAAAGUGUGAAAACGUGCGUAAAUGUUUCGGCGUUUUUGUUUUGAUUCUUAUCAGACUGCGAAGCAGACGCGCAAGCAUGCGGAGCGAUGAAAAUUCGAGUACAAAACAAAAUGGAAAGAAAUGCGCGCGCUCUUAUAAGAUUGCUCUCUCUCUCUCUCUCGCUCGUUCUCUCUCUUUGCCCAAUUGGAGCUUUCGUGUCGGUUUCGGUUUCGCUUUGCAUUUCAUUCGUGAGCGAGCGCUUGCUUCGAACGGACGUCUCUAAGAACGACCUCGCAUGCCACGCCCCCUUCGAAAGGCUUUUGGCAAAAAAACACGCGACUGCAUAUUAAUUGUAAUAUCAAGAGCAAAACACUGAUCAGAUAUUGAUGGGAUUCGAGAUCGAGUUGGAGAUUACUGCCCGCUGCAUUCCAAUCGGAAUAUUCCACCUCCAUUUCGUUCAUAAAUCGCGCGCGUUUUUCGUCGCGCCGAUCGUUAAAAAUUCAUUAAGGCUUGUUAAUCGCCGCCAAUAAUACAAAUAAUACAAAUAAUACCAAUAUAACAAGUAAUCGCAUUGAUUGCCCAUAAUUGAUACUCGCCGUGUGUGUGAGAGUGAGUGCCUGGUGCCUGGCGCCUAUGUGUGAGUGCGAUCGCAUCCGCCGGUAAAUGUCCGCGAAAAGGAGCACGGAUCUGGAUCUUCCGCAGACUUGAUGCUUGAUGCUUGAUGUCGACGUAGCUGAAGAUAUACCUCCGGUCCAGCAGCUGGACUCGAAAUGUCACGCCGCAAACAGUCCAACCCGAAGCCGUUGAAUAAAGGUGAUUGUUCCGAUACCACAGAAGAGAUGACCGUCGACAGCAGAGAUUCCAAAGAUCUGAGCGCUCAGGAAAUGGGCGAGCAGAAGCAGCAGCAAAUGGAGGACCACCUGGAGGAUCAGUUGGACAACUCCAGAGACCCCCAGAACAACAAUAACAACAUCGACGAAGACGACGAUGAAGAUGCUGACUUUGAGCAGCCAGAACAUGCCAAUCCCCAACAGGAUCAGGAUUUGGGGGAGACAGAGAUGGAGCAGGAUCAUGAUCUGCAGCAGGAGGAGCAGCAGGAACUGCCUGCAAACAGCCCAAGCACUCCGCCCAGGAGUCCCAGCUCUCCCCCGCUGAUUCCCAAGCUGGAACAGCCAGCCACGCCGCCCUCGGAGGCGGAAGCCUCUCCGUGCCCCUCACCUUCACCCUCACCCUCGCCCUCGCCAUGCCCCACGCCCAAGUAUCCCAAAGUGCGUUUGAAUGCGCUCCUGGCCUCAGACCCUGCCCUCAAGCCGGAUGCUAAGGAGCUGACUCUGCCGGACGCUCGACUCCUGGCUCCGCCGCCGCUCGUCAAGCCGGAGACACAGGCGCAGCCGGAUGUAGCGGAACCUCUGCUUAAACCAGCCAGAUUUAUGUGCCUGCCCUGUGGGAUUGCAUUCAGUUCGCCCUCAACUCUGGAGGCCCAUCAAGCCUACUAUUGCUCUCAUAGGAUUAAGGACGCGGACGAGGCUGGCAGUGAUAAGUCAGGGGCAGGAGGAUCGGCAGCCGCAGCUGGCGAGGCAGCGGGAUUAGCAGGAGGCUCCUCCGAGCCUCCAGCCAAAAUGGCCAGGACAGGAAAGCAGUAUGGCUGCACCCAGUGCUCCUACAGCGCGGAUAAGAAGGUGUCCCUAAACCGCCACAUGCGCAUGCACCAGACUUCGCCGGCAGCUCCCACACUGGCCAGUUUGCCCAGCCUCCUCCAGAACGGAAUAGCUCCUCCGGGAGUCACGCCCAAUCCGAUGGAGGAUAGCUCUAGUCAACAAACCGAUCGCUACUGCAGCCACUGUGAUAUCCGGUUCAACAACAUCAAGACCUAUCGAGCGCACAAGCAGCACUACUGCAGUUCGCGGCGGCCGGAGGGACAGCUCACGCCCAAACCAGCCGCAUCUCCGGGAGCAGGAUCCGGACCAGGUUCCACUGGGGGAUCUAUCGGAGUAGCUGCCCAGGUGGCUGCGCCCGGCAAGAUGAGUCCGCAGGCCAGGAACAAGACUCCGACUCCCGCGAUGGUGGCCGUCGCAGCUGCAGCGGCGGCUGCUGCUGCCUCCCUCCAGGCCACACCUCAUUCGCAUCCACCUUUCCUAGCACUGCCCACCCACCCGAUCAUUAUUGUGCCCUGCUCGCUGAUCCGGGCAGCCAGCUUCAUUCCAGGCCCACUGCCCACACCAAACUCGGGGAUCGUGAAUCCAGAAACCACCUGUUUUACCGUGGACAACGGAACGAUUAAGCCACUGGCCACUGCCCUAAUUGGCGCCUCCUUGGAGCCCGAACGUCCCUCAGCUCCAUCGUCUGCUGCCGAGGCCACAGAAGCCAAGAGCAGUCCUCCGGAGCCCAAGCGAAAAGAAGCAGGGCAAACUAGAGAAUCUGCGCCUCUAGAUCUUUCGCUGCGUCGAUCGCCCAUCACCCUGAACUCGCUGAGCCUGCGGCAGCGCCAGCUGCGCAAUGCCCUUUUGGAUGUGGAGGAAGUACUCCUUGCCGGCGCAGGAACUAGCAAGGAGAAUGCGGAGACUCCGAGAGGAGGAGGGAGUGUGACUCCCGAGCAGAUCGUUUGCGCUCCCUCCCUGCCGAGCAGUCCUUCGAUGAGCCCCUCUCCCAAAAGACGAGCCAUCAGUCCACGCAGUUCCGGGGCUGGUAGUGCCUCCUCCAUGUCACCACCUGGUCUCAAUGUCGCUGUUCCCCAUCUGCUGGACAUGCGCUCCAUGCUACCCGCGGACUUUGGACUCUCCGAGUCGCUGUUGGCCAAAACCAACCCAGAACUGGCUCUGAAACUGGCGGCGGCAGCGGCCGCAGCUGCUGUGGCGGGCAGUAGUGGAGCAGCAGCCUUUCCGCCCUCUCCUCUUCCUGCCCAAGCUAGUAGCGGGAAUCCUGGAAGUGGAGGAUCGGCAGGUGGCGCCCAGCAGCCCCAGAUCUAUGUGAAAAAGGGCGUGUCCAAGUGCAUGGAGUGCAAUAUUGUGUUCUGCAAGUAUGAGAACUACCUGGCACACAAGCAGCAUUAUUGCUCGGCCAGGAGCCAAGAGGGUGCUAGUGAAGUGGAUGUCAAGUCGGCCGUUUCACCAUCCGUCGUUGGAGCUGGAGGACUAGGAAGCGGAGGAGCAGAAGCUGCUUCGACUGUGGAAACCACUCCGGUGGCAUAUCAACAGUUGAUCUGCGCUGCCUGCGGAAUUAAGUACACUUCCCUGGACAACCUGCGCGCCCAUCAGAACUACUAUUGUCCCAAGGGAGGAGCAGCUGCUGCCCCCGCCGCGACGCCCACUGAUCCCGGCCAGCUGGCCAUGGCAAAGGAGAAGUGCGGAAAGUGCAAGACACUGCAUGAAAUUGGCCUGCCUUGUCCACCCCCCGUCGCCAAUCCCCUCGCAGCGCCACCAGCCAAUCCCCAACCCGCCUCCAAUAGUCUGAACAAGUGUCCCGUUUGCGGGGUGGUGAGUCCCACCGCGGCACUGGCCAAGAAACACAUGGAGAUGCACGGAACAGUAAAGGCCUACCGCUGCAGCAUCUGCCAGUACAAGGGGAACACUCUUCGCGGCAUGCGCACCCACAUUCGAACCCAUUUCGACAAGAAGACUAGCGACGUCAACGAGGAGCUCUACAUGACCUGCAUCUUUGAGGAGGAUGUGACCGCGCUGAGUCAGGAGCUGGUUCCUUCAACAGCGGCAUCUGCCACAAGUGUACACGAUUCCAUGGAUCAUCCCUCGCAGAUGUUCAACUGUGAUUACUGCAACUAUGUUUCCACCUACAAGGGCAAUGUGCUGCGCCACAUGAAGCUGAUGCAUCCCCAUGUGGCCAUCAACUCACCCUCCAUUUCCCCCGACACCAGAGACCAGGAUGUGACUUCCAACACCACUCCCAACCAACACUCGAAUUCCGAUGGAUCCAACGGAGAGGCAACCAGCUUCCACAUUAAAUCGGAGCCCCUGGAUCCACCCCCGACUGUGAAUCUGGUGCACGAGAACAACAACUCGCCGAUCGCCACGCCACAUAUUAAGGCUGAGCCAAUCGAGGUCGGAGCGGAUGCUGCGGCCGGCGGGCUGGUUCCGCCGAUGACUUCUCCGCUGGGAAACAGCAGCAGCAUGGCUGCCGCAGCAGCUGCCGCCGCCGAGGUGAUGAAGAAGUACUGCUCGACCUGUGACAUAUCAUUCAACUACGUGAAAACCUACCUGGCCCAUAAGCAGUUUUACUGCAAAAACAAGCCGAUUCGCCCAGAGGCCAGCGACAGCCCCAGUCCGAACCACCUGGGCGGAGGCGUUGCCGUGGGCCUGGGCAUUGGCGGCCUGGUCGGUGGACACGGCCAGCAGAAGAACAAGGAGAACCUGCAGGAGGCGGCCAUUUGAGAAAGCCAGCUGCGGUGGGAGGCGCAGCGCAAGCAGCUGGAGUGGUACUAUACAUGCUUCUAGGCAGCAGCACAACCCAAUUGACACUAAUCGAAUCCUAGCCUCCUUUAAAAUGUACACUAUCCAAACCGCAACCAACAAUCGACGACAGUAUUCCCGGAGAAUCUCCCGUCGCUGCCCUCCACUUCCAACGCCACUUGGGGACUGACUCCUUCGACUUACCGAUCGAUAGAAGUAGAUAUAUACACCGUACUCCCAUACAUAUACAGUACAUCUAAAGGAAUAACAUAUAGAUUACUUAGGAACAUAUAUUAGUUUAGGCGCAUACCCAUUAAGUGGGAACCAUGACAUAUAAUGCAUGCCAAAGCUUACCACUUAGACAGAAAUUAAGUUGAGGGCAAGAAACUAAAAGUUUGCAAUGGUCUGCGGAGUAGAAGGAGGCGAAGUAUUCCUAUGUAGAUCCAAUACUAUUAUGUAAAUUGCUUGCUUUUCCACGUGAAGCGAUCUAUUCUAACUGUGUAAUUUAAAUGAGUAGUACAUUAUUUAUUAAGUGUGUGCGACAAUAAAAGUAAUUAAUUUAUUCAACAUGAAAUAAAAUGGAUUUUAAACUAUUUGAA